UUAGGAAACCAACUUACGCGUGGUCUCCUCUCAACGGCGACGGACAGUGUUGUCUUCUCCGACGCUUCGUUGAUCCUCAAAGCAAGUGGAAAUUGGAGGAGUCUGCUGAUUCCGAAGUUGUUCCAUUUACAGCUUCUAGUUUCGUCUUUCAGUUUCAGGCUGUGAAGAAAAAAUGUUCAUCAAAGUCAAAUUGCCAUGGAACGUUAUGAUUCCAGCUGAAGAUAUGGACACUGGCGUCAUGCUCAAGAGAGCUAUAAUUGCAUGCAAAGUGUUUCAUUUCUUUUUGAUUCUUUUUAACAAACAAGACAUCAAAGUCAACUUUUUGAUUCUUCUUAACUGUAGAGUUUCAUUUCUAUAAUUGCAUGCAAAGUGUUUGUUAAAAUGUCUGAAAGAAAACUUCAAGUUGAUUGUUUUCUGUAGAAUACACUUCAAAUCAGAAUGUGAUUUGGCUACUUCUGAUUCUUUUGGAAAUGCCAUAGUUUCAGGCUGUGAAGAAAAAAAUGUUCAUCAAAGUCAAAUUGCCAUGGAACGUUUUGAUUCCAGCUGAAGAUAUGGACACUGGCGUCAUGCUCCAGAGAGCUAUUGUAGUUCGUCUACUCGAUGUCUUUGCUAGCAAGAAGGCAACGAAAGAUCUUGGAUACUUCGUAACACCCACGAUUCUUGAAACAGUCGGCGAGGGUAAGAUCAAGGAACAGACUGAUGUGUUUCCCGUGGUUUUCAAUGGAAUCUGCUUUAAGAUGUUUAAAGGAGAAGUUCUUCAUGGUGUGGUUCACAAGGUGCACAAGCUCGGUGUCUUUUUGAGUUCUGGUCCUUAUGAAACCAUUUACCUAUCUCACUUGAAAAUGUCUGGUUAUGAGUUCAUUCCCGGAGAGAACUCGUUUUUCAUGGAUGAGAACAUGUCCAAGAUUGAGAUUGGUGCCACAGUUCGUUUUGUCGUGUUGGAUACUGAGUGGAGAGAGGCAGAGAGAGACUUCAUCGACGAAGACAAUCUUGGCCCGUUCUAGAAGAUUGUAAUCUGAGUUUUCACUUUAUUAAUAUGCUAUUGUAAAAACGCUUUUCUAUGUAAUU